CUCACACCAACGGUGUUGUGGAGGGUUGUCAUGACAACCUAACAUUACGGAAGGACUCCACUAGCGCGUCAUCGAAAUAACACAAGAUGGCUGUGAAUGUCAGAAGAGGUUUGGAGAUCCCAGAGCCUUCAGAUCACAGCAGCUGUGAAGAUGAUGAUGUGACUUAUUUCACAGAUCUGCAGAAGCCUGAUAAUCUACCUGAGUCUGGGAGAGUGAUCAAUAAGCUGUUAAAUAACCUUGUUGACAGUACAUGGGAAGUUAUAUCAGAGCAGGAGAAGAUCAAGAGAGAUGAACAAGCAGCAAGGCAGAUUCUUGUGCUAAAUGCAACUAACGAAAUGAAGCUUCCAGGCAGAACUAAUAGUAUUGUGUGCUCUGAUGACGGACUUUACCUGUUUCUGGGUCAGACUCAUGGUCUGUCGGUCAUCAGGACAUCCACUCUUACCUGUGUAAGAACAUGGCAGGAUGAAAGAGUGGAGCUUACCAGCAUCUCUUGUGCCUCUCUGGGAAAUGCCACACACCUCUUAUGCACAGUGGAUGAUAUGGGUAUUGCACGGCUUUUUGUGCAUCACAUGGAGAAUAUUUAUUUAUUAAAAGUCAUCAAUGAAACUGAAGAUAUAAACCAAAGAAGCAUCUGUGCAAAAUUUGAAGUGUCUAGAAGUGGGGACUUCGGAGCUGCAGUCAUGACAUCCAGUGGCUCUGUUUGGCUCGAUGUAUAUCGCUUCCCACAAGAUGUGUGGCUCAAAGAGCUGGAAACCAAACAGGCUACACAAACCCCACAGACCACAGAAGCCAAAUUGUCUCCAGUAGUCUUACUCAUGAAGAUCAAACCUCCAGAAAUCCCUGCAGGAACCUCUCUGAAAAGUCCAUCUGAGGUCCUGCAGAAAACAGAGCAAGGCACUAUAAUAGGCUCAGGCCAAAAUCACCUCAUUAGUAGUCGUCAAUGGGAAAACCAGGAUGCGGCAUUUAGGAAAAUGUUCAUGAAGUACCUCAGCUCCAACUCUAUGAGACCAUCACAGCAAAAAGCAGAAGGUCCAAGCAAUUGUACUUGUCACUUCUUACUGCAUGAAGGGUUUCAUUCAGUGCCUGGGGAAGCGAAGGCAGCUAGAGAUAUUCCCAUUGCUGUGUGCCUGUGGUGGAAUGGCAGCCAAAAUCUCUUACAGUAUCUUCUGUUGAAGACCCCUAAAGAGAAGGACAGUGAACCCAAACCAGAUGUUUUGUGGCCCAAUUCUCAGGAAAUCCUCUGCUCUGCCGUCAGUGCCUGUACACGGUUUGUUGUUCUAGGGCUUGAUGGUCAGCUGGUUACUAUAUGGGACAGACAGUUUGGGUGUCCAUAUGGCAAUAUUGUGAUCCCAGGAGACAGCGCCAUUUGCAGGGUGAAGCUUCUUUUGCAGAAUCAAUUGCCGGUCACUUCGCUUAUUCAGGGUCCCUUUUUACCCACACUACAGUUAGUGCUUACUUGCAGAAAUGGGGCAUGCUAUAGUGUGACAGCGGCCAGAGGAGGAGACAUAUGCACUGUUGCACUUAUUGAAAGACCUACAGGCCCAGGCAGCUCUGUCACUGUUGCUCAACCUGUGCCCUUCCUGAAGUGUCUGGUUUUGUUGAUGCAAAGAAAUGGAGAAAUAUCCAUAUGGGAAACGGCAGAUGGAGAACCAGUAUUUAUCUUAAACCUGCCUCCAACUCAUGUGGUGGGCUCACUCAGGGAACCUGUGUUUCUACUUGAGCCAGUACAAAAAAAACUAUAUAUUACAGGUGACAGAAAAACACCUUUGGUGAAGGUGACUGAUAGGAAAGAGGAAGAGAGCUCUCUCUUCAUCUUCAGCUUUUCAGAAAACACAAUGAUGGAUCCAUACCAUGUCACAAGUUCAGCUGUAAGUGAAAAAGAGACCAGAGCCACAAUCAUAGAUUUGGAGGAGGCCUGCAACCUUUACUUUCAGGAAAGAGCUGACUCGUGGAAAGAGAGGAACAGAAAUUUGGCUUUCCAAUGGGAGCAGCUUUCAAAGCGUGAUAUUAAAUGAAGCUACACAUACUACAGAGAGAUCCAGACAUGUCAUGCUGACACUGUGUACAUUUUCCAUUUUCUGAAUUAAUGUGUAUAAAAUGUAUGCAUGCAUUUUCAUCAAUCAGCCAGAGAAAAUGGUAUGUUUUUAUAAAAAACAAAAAAAAAAAAAAAAAUUGAA